CGGGGGGCGCGGCGGGAGCUGCCGCCGCUGCCGGCACCGCAGCAGCGCGGUGGCGCGUCCGGCGAGGAGGAGAGGCGCGGAGCGGGCAGGACGAGACGAGACGAGACAAAACAAGACUCGCCUCUGGGCUGCCGCCUGGUGCCGGCCAGUGCGGAGCACGAGCACCUGUGCCCGCCGGCUCGUCGCAGGUGGCCGGCCGCGGGCAGGGGCCGGCCGCAGCCCCCCUGCCCUGAAUGAGCAGCGGGCGGGCGGGCUCGGCCGCGGCGGCCGGCGGUGGCUCUGCCCGUCUCCCCCAGCGCGGGGAAGUUGUUGCCCGCCUUCCAUUUUGGUGCAGCCCUCGCCUUCGGCCGGGGAUAUUCGCCUAGCUUUUGGUAUCCGAGAUAGAAGAUAUAAUGGGGAGAAAACUGGAUCUUUCUGGCUUGACCGAUGAAGAAGCAGAGCAUGUGCUUCAGGUUGUUCAGCGAGAUUUCAGCCUCCGUAAGAAAGAAGAAGAAAGGCUGAGUGAAAUGAAGCAGAAGUUGGAUGAAGAAGGUAACAAGUGCAGCAUCCUUUCCAAGCAGCAGAAGUUCAACGAGCACUGCUGUAUUCGCUGCUGUUCCCCUUUCACGUUUCUUAUCAACAGCAAGCGACAGUGCCAAGAUUGCAAGUACAACAUCUGCAAGAGCUGCAGUUCUUACCAGAAGAAGGAGAAGGCUUGGAUUUGCAGUGUCUGCCAGCAGGCAAGACUCCUAAGGACCCAAUCUCUGGAUUGGUACUAUAAUAAUGUGAAGAGCCGCUUUAAAUGUUUUGGAAGUGCCAAAGUCCUGAAGAACUUGUACAAGAAGCACAGACUGGAAAGCGGAGCUUGUCCUGAUAUAAUAGAAGGAGAUUUUUUUGAAGGAAGCUUAGAAAAUGAAGGAAGCAUUUGUGGCAGUGACUCUACAUUCUACAGACAGACAGAAGGACACAGCAUGAUGGAUACCCUUGCUGUGGCCUUACGUGUUGCAGAGGAAGCAGUGGAAGAAGCUAUUUCUAAGGCAGAGACCUACAGUGACAGUCUGGACAAGCAGAACGAGGCUUGUUAUUUGCAAGAACACAAGGAGGACCUCAUAGAAGAGCUGGCCACAACCAUCGUACAGAAGAUUAUAAAGAAGCAGAAAAGCAAAACUGAGCAGACUGAAGCUGACUUUGAAUGGCCACCAUCCAGGAGCAGUGGCCUGGCAUCUGUUGCUGUCUCCGAUCAGAGUAUGCUGACUUUUCCAGGGAGUCGCAGGGGGUCUUACACAUUAUGGAGGUCUCAGUCUGCAUUCUCCCUGGCUAGUGAAGACAUGCCCAGUAAAGGUCUAGACCCUGCAUCUUCUGUGACUGAGGCUCUUUGGAGGCAGCAAAAAGGACAAUUCAGGAAACAGAAGGAACGCAAGCUGUCUGCAUUACCCAGCUGGAAAAGUGUGGACAGGCUAAACGAAACAAAUCCGCCUCCAGUUUUUCAAAGCACUGAUGGAAACUGGGUAGCUUUGCAGAACGUCACAUUGCCUCGUCCUCGAAUGCUCGCUAAACCAAAGAGUCAAGUAUUCAAAGCUUUGGAGAAUGAAUCCAGCAUUGUGUCUGCAUAUGAUGAGAUGGGCUCAGACAGCGAGGAUGACUAUGACUGGAAUGUGGCCUUGAACAAGCUGCGUCGGAGACCUCGGCGAUUAUCAGAUGAUUUUUAUUAUACUGAUUCCCAGUACAAUACUGAAUGCGUUUAUGGCAAUGACCAAUAUCAGGCAGUAACCUCACCUUCCUCUGGAUUAUACACAAAUACUGAGACACUGUUCUCUGAUUCUGAAACAUCUUCAGUAAACUCUUCCCAGGAAGUGAAAGGACCUAGCAAACUUCUGUGGCUGCAGAGCAGAACUCAAGGUGAUAAGCCCAGAAUGGAAAAAAACCAUUUCCAUGGAGAGCUGGACGUGAAUUUUAAUCCACAGGCAACCAGCUUGGAGGAUUCGGACAGCAGUGAGCCUGGAGAAGUCCACUAUGAUUUAGAAAAGAGAUCAAGAUGGUGGAGAAAGAGCAAAAUGAUCUCUGAAGAAUUAAGUGAAGGAAAAAAUCACACAAAAACCAACAAGAAGAGUUUAAGCACAAGUCAGGAUUUUGAUGACUUAUCAGAAACAGAUAUAAGCAGUGAGGAUCAGCAUCAUAAAAUCAAGCCUGACCCUAUGGAAGAGGAGCUUAAAUCCAGGUUAUUUCAGCUUGCUGCUAAAAUGAGUGACAAGGAAACCUCUUCUGGUGAAGAACAAGAGUCAGAACCUAAAACAGAUCCUGAGAACCAGAAGGAGAGUUUGUCCUCAGAUGAAAAUGGCAAAAGUAUUCACGAGGAGUUAAAGAAGAAGUACUCUGCUGUCUCUCUCUGCAACAUAUCUACAGAGGUCCUAAAAGUCAUCAAUGCCACUGAGGAACUGAUAGCAGAGUCCACAGGUCCCUGUGAUUUCCCAGCUGACCUCCACGACAGCGGGACGGGGACAUUCCCGUUAGGGACCGACCCCGCCAGACUCGACGAGCAGCUCACCACACUGGAAGAAAACGUGUACUUGACAGCCGGCGCUGUGUAUGGUCUGGAGGGGCACCUGAACAGCCUGGAGGAUGCAGCACGGAAGAUCAGCAGUGUUACUGCAGAAUCGGAGCUGGCCGAGCUGGAAGAUCAGGUGGCCACAGCAGCCGCCCAGGUUCAUCACGCAGAGCUUCAGAUUUCAGAUAUUGAGAGCAGAAUAUCAGCUCUCACUGUUGCAGGCUUGAACGUGGCUCCAUGUGUUCGCCUGACAAGGAAACGGGAUCAAAAGCAAACAAACCAGAUGCAUACAAUAGACACAUCAAGACAGCAGAGGAGAAAACUUCCAGCUCCACCAAUAAAAGGUGAAAAAAUAGAUAGUUCUUCAGUAACCACUGUUAGAACAUUUAACAGAAACUUUAUGCUCCAAGGAUCUCUAACACAAAGAGCUAAAGAGAGGAAAAGCACUGCCAAGGACUUAAUGGAACCUGCUGUAGGAUCUGCUGUGAUGUACUAAACUAAUACAUCUCUACUGCCAAUAACACACUGCCUAAGGCUGUACACUAGAGUGCCUUUACUUAACAGCCAUUGUGUAUGUCCAACUGAAAAUGGACCCUCAAGAACCCACAAUGCCUCAGUUACAGGGCUUCGUUUGGAUACCUCACUGAGAAAGCUGUCCAAGUCUUCAGCAUUGUGGUCUGCUAAUGGAAACUCUGCCUUAAAGUUCUCACAAGACUCUAGAAAGGAUGCUGAGUUUCAAAAGCAAGGCUCCACAUUUUAAGAUGCACUUUUUCUCCCCAUCGAUUGUACUAAAGUAUGUCGUCUUUAAACUGCAGUAUGUUUUUGUACGCUUAGUCAUAAUUAUAGGCCAAUGUUUCAUACAAAAGAAAGAACAAAGCAGACCUGUGAUCCAUAUUUGCUGGCCUCUUACUAUUCAUGUAGGCAUCUGUCUUAUCGAGCAAUAAGAACAACUCUGUGCAGUGAGCACUGCUUUUCAGCUGCUCGGUGGGCGUGGAGAACCAAUGUACCUAACUCUGAUCCCCGGGAGUCAGUGGAAGUUUUGAGGAAGUUUGCAGGGUGAGGUUUGCAGGCAAAGACUUCUCUGUGCACUGAGGGUCCGUUUGGCAGAGAUGAUGUUCUAGCUCCAGAGCUAGCUAUUGGCAGCAGAGGGGAACAUGAAUGUCGUGUUGCACUGUGAAUUGAUAGUAAGCAGCACGUUGGAACCAGAGGUCUGUUGAGUUGUAAUCCUGGCAUCUGGGCACAUCUGAACAGUGUUGCAAAACUAACACUUUUGCAUGUCUUGUUAUUUUCAGCAGCAGCAUCUGCUUAGCAGCGCCCAACUACACUAUAGUUCAGAAUAAAGUCUGACCAAAUCUUUAAGAUUGGAAAAAGUAAAAUGAUUGUAGAUUAGAUCUCUGCAGACUUGCUGGUCAUUGUAGGGUGGGUGUGACCUGGAGGAGAUUCCCCUCUGCUGUUUCUUACCUUUUCUGAGGAGGAGGCAAAUUCAGGCAAAUGCAGCCUGGAUGUCUUUUCCUCUGCUCCUCUGUAGCCAACAUAGAGUAGCUGGGGAUUGUCGCUGGUGUCACGUGCACUCGCUGUGACUGAGCCACUGUGAGUUGGAUUGCGAUUAAUAAAAUUUCUUUUUUCACUUUUGAGUGCUUUAAAAGGUAAGCCAAACUCUGGAAAGCCCUUGGGAAGACUCAGUUAUAGAGUGUCCCCCUCCUCCUCUUUGGGGAGGAUCUUGCCAAUUUGUGUUGCUUUUUGCUCUAGGGAAUGCAAAGGAGGAAGGUAGAGGAGAUGAUAGGCCAGUGUAUCCUGUAUCUUAUAAACUGAAUGCAGAGUCGGUACCCAAAUGCAGACUGGGUUGAUGUGAAAUGUGCUAUGAAGGGGGAUAUGAGCUGACAAAUUCCCCCCCUCAGCGUUAAGGAGCUCUAGAUCAGAGAACACCUCCCUCUCGAUUGAGAUGUCUCUGUCCUUUUCCAGUCCUACCUAGAGAGCCCUGAGGAUACAGCUGUUUGACCUCAUGUCUUUUUUUGAGGAUGGUUACUAAAUUAUACAGAAAUUUCAAGAUAGGAAACACUGAAAAAUUUCUGACUGACUCCAAAAUAGUUUAUUCCAAAUUUUCAGUCCUUUUGGGAGAAGAGAGUAACCUGAUUUUCAGAAUUGGUGAUGAGCUCUCCUGAGGGUGAUGGGUACCAGGGGAUGAGGAGAGCCAGUCCUUUCCCUGUGCUGCCUCUGAAUGUUGCUUAGUAGAGUUUGUGUGUUUUAUCAUGCGGCAGGGAAGCAGCCCCCAUCUUCCCCCACCGCCUCGCGGCACCACUACACCUAGCCCCGUGGCACUCGGCAAGUCUGGAAACAGGACCAUCAAGUGCCUGUACCUGGGCAGACCUCUUGGCAGUUUGGGGCUGUGGAGAAGGGACAUGAGUAAAAUCUGGCAAAUUUCUUGACCAGGCUGGGAUUUGGUGGGGCAGGUAAGGAUCGGUUGGAUGGGAAAGGUGGAAAAAGAGUUCCAGUUACAAAUUUAUCAGCCACAUUUCAAUUUUAGCUUGUCACUAUGUUGGUGUCCAAUUAUAUGUAAGGAACUGUCAGAAUAAAUACAGCCAUCUUCCUAGGUACAAUACAAAAGCAUUGCUCUAUCUCCUCAAUGAAUUUCAAUCUGCCAAUAAUGUGACCCAGUAUGUUUGUUCUGGGUGAAAUUAUGCCUUCUCCUACUCCCAUACAACAUUAGUUCUCUUGAAUUGGUUUGCACAGAUGUGAGGGCAGAAUUCGGCCCACUCUGUUUAACAUAUGUAUACCUAUAAAAAUGGAUUUUAUUUAUAUAUGCAAUCCAGCAAAGGAGAUUAAACAGAGUAGGAUGCCUAGUAAGUUUUUGCUAUUCAGUCUCCUCCUCCCUUGACUUUUCUCAUGUGUGUAUACAAUACAUCCCAGGUUUUGGUUUUUGCAGGUAUGCGUGUUAUGAAAUGUCAUUAAUGGUGGUUGGUCUACAUAUUCGUCUAAUAAUAUUAACUAAUAUUGUGUAUGUAAUAUCAAUGCAGAAAUGACUAAUUUUAAUAGAAUAACUCUUUGGCUUUUGUUCUGUUAGUGUGAUUUAAACAAAGUUUGGAAUAGGAUGUUUUCCAUAAGAGGCAUGAAAAGCAACUAUUAUUGUGUUACAAUGUUAAAAUACUCAGUCUUUGACAGAAAAAUGUGUACCUGUGUAGCCAUUGCAAAAAAAAGAAAAAAAGAAAAAAAAAUCCCACCUGCUAUAAGGCAUUUGAAUUUUUACAAAUGUUUAUUGUGCCAAAUAUGUGCAAAGAUAUAAUUUACUGUUUUAAAAAAAUCAUAAAAGCAUAUGUUAUAGCACACAAAGAAUUAUUUUGUCAUCAAGUGAUUUCAAUCUUUAGUGUUAAUAUUUAUAUUUAGAUUAAUUUUUAUAAAUGAAAAUAUUUUAAUGGGUAAAAUGAAGACUAUAUGAUCUAUUUGAUUAAGUCUGAGUGAAUAUUAAGCUUGCCUUGUUGUUGUUAUCUGCAUACUCACCAAGAAUUAUUGUCAAGAGAAAUUAUAAAAGAGAGUAAAGCAAUUUAUGGAAAAGAAUGCCUUUUCACGGACUUGAUUCAUAAAGAAAAAACAAAAGUUA